AUGGAAUACCCCAGCCCAAUCCAGACCGAAAUGACAUCAGGCCCAGGCCCACGGUCCCCACGGGCCCAAAAACUCGACCCAUCAGCCCAACUCUUCCCACCAGGCAUCACAAUCGAAAUCCUGAGCCGAAUGCCCCUCAAGGACGCGGCCCGCCUCCAGCUCGUCUCCAAGGAAUGGCACUCCCUCAUCCAAUCCCACUACUUCAAAGACCGCCACAUGGCCCACUCCGAAGUCCUCUACCACCACCACAACGUCAAGACCAACUGGGCCCACACCUCGGCCCGAUGCUCCUUCUCCUUCGCCAACGGCCGAGACGGCCUCCUCCUCAUGCAACACAAGACCCAAAACACACUCUGCCUCUGGAACCCCGCCACCAAACGGGCCCUCGAGCUUCCCGGCCCUAACCCGAACAGCCUCGGGCUCUCUCUCACCUUCUCCCGGGCCACGGGCAGCUACUCUAUCGUCUCAUUCCACCGCGACUCGGAAAAAAUAGGCUCCGAAGGCUGCGAGGUACUCGACCCUUGUGGGGCCCGCGUGUGGAGGCCCGUGCUCGAUUUUCCCGAGGCAAUGAUCGUCCGCGGUGAGUCCCACUGGCCGGUUGUUAUUUCGACGGGCGAGGCCGCGCACUGCGUUUUUUUCGCAGAAAACGAGAUUGGCGUGGUGUCGUUGGACGUCGAGACGGAUAAAUUUGCUGCGAGCCGGUUUUUGCCGAAAACGGGUCGGGCGGACGAUUACUGGGCUCUGGAGUGGGAAGGGAAGUUGGUGAUUGCGGGUGUCGUGGGGAGUAAUAUGGAGGUGAAGGAGAUGGAGGACCACGGGAAGGGGAGGUGGGGUGCGGAGGAGAGGAUCGUGGCCCUGCCGGCGUGGAUGAAGAAGGAGGCGGAGGGGGGGAAUGAGAUUGUGCCGUUGUUGGUGAGGGAUGGGGAGAUGUGGUUUUGGAUUAAGGGAUGCGGGGUGGUAUUUACGUGCAAUGUUGAGACGGGCGAGCGGACGGAUUAUGGAACGGUGAGGAAUUUCAUGGUCUCGACGAGACUGUAUCCGUACAAGGAGAGCUUGAUCGGGUUUCAAGGGAUGGUGCCGGAGACUAUGUUUGAUAGAUUUUUGUUAGAGUAG